AUGACACGCGCAGCAGUCGGCCAAAUGCGCUCCACGGCCUCCAUGGCCUCCAAUCUGACCCAAGCCCAAUCUCUCUGCCGCAAAGCCCACCAAGCCGGCGCAAAAGCCCUCUUCCUCCCAGAAGCAGCCGACUACAUCACCACAUCCGGCGGCCUCCAGCUCUGCAAACCAGUCACCACCUCUGAAUUCGUCCUCGGCCUGCAAGAUUGUGCCAAACAAUACAAUCUCGCCAUCUCCGUCGGCAUCCACGAGCCCGUCUCGUCUGACGCGCAAAAAGUGAAAAACACACUCAUCUGGAUCACGCCCCAGGGAGAAAUCGCCCAUCGCUACCAGAAACUACAUUUGUUCGACAUGGACGUCAAGGAUGGGCCCCAGAUGAAGGAGUCGGAUGGCGUCGAGCGCGGCCAGGAGCUUGGCCAGCCCUUUGAAAGCCCCGUGGGAAGGAUAGGCAUGCAAAUAUGUUUUGACCUUCGGUUUCCAGAGCCCGCGCUUGCUCUCAGGAGGCGAGGCGCCCAGGUACUCCUAUAUCCUGCUGCUUUUACUACUCCAACGGGUAAGGCUGGUCAUUGGGAAAUACUGCUGCGUGCCCGUGCCAUUGAGACGCAGAGCUACGUCAUCGCUGCUGCCCAGGUUGGAGUGCACGACGACCAGGGCAAGAGGCGAAGUUACGGACACAGCAUGAUUGUGGAUCCUUGGGGCAAAAUCGUUGCUGAACUCGGAGGAGACGAGGGUGAAGAGGGGAAGUGGGAUGAUGAAGGCGACAUUGCCGUUGCAGAGCUCGAUCUUGAUUACGUUGAGAAUCUGCGUAAAGAUGUGCCCAUGACGCGGAGAACGGAUGUUUAUGCAGAUGUUUCUUAG